AUGGCGACCAUACCUAUCACCUCACACCGUACACUAGGGCGGGAACCCUCGCCGAGUAUCAAAACGAACGACUUAUCCCUAAGCUUCACUCUGGCCUUAAAAGACGGCGCUUCAGGGACGACGCCAUUAAGCCAUCAGCAACCAGCCUUAUCGCUCCCUAGAGCAGAUAUUCCCUAUAUUGCAACCGCUACAUUCCGUGUCGUUUCUGCCUUUGUGGCCUCCAUAAUAAAUCGUCAACGAAGAAUUAGUUGGGUUGACGCCUGGGACAUAUCACUCUAUUGCCUUUUAUCGCUUCUUGAGCUACAGUUGCUCCUUUCCGUACCGCUACUCUGGCUGGUGGUACCAGGACUAGCACUCUUACCUUGGCUAUGUCUACAGGGGGCUUUGAUAUGGACCCUCCUUCGUUAUGUUAACACUGGACGUGCGUUAUUUAUACACGCUGCUGGUAAGGCUACAAAUGAUCGAUCGAGUAGCGAAGAACCGCGCUCAGAAUGGUUCAUCAUUGGUGGCUUCACAUACAUGCGCCGAGGGCCCCCCCCAAAACUAGCAUCGACCUUUGGACAUGAUAUACAUCUAUUCCCUCCUGAUAGAUUCGGUCUGGUGUUCGACGUGAUCUUCAUAUUCUUCCAACGAAACUUCUAUAUCCCCACGACAAGGUCAAUAGCUCUUUAUAACCGGGUAAAAGGUAGCCUUUUGCAACCAGAAAUAGAUAGCGUACGCAUCCUCGCACAUCAUGCGGGGUCUCUAGACGUAUCAUGA